UUAUGGUGAGAAUGGUCACAGGAGAACAUAAAUACAGCAAAGGCGAUUGCUCGUGAAUGUGGUAUACUAACUGAAGAUGGCCUGGCUAUUGAAGGUUCUGAAUUUAGAGAGAAAAGCCUUGAGGAACUCCUUAGGCUGGUUCCAAAAAUCCAGGUAAUGGCCCGAUCAUCGCCACUUGACAAGCAUACACUUGUGAAGCAUUUGCGUACAACAUUUAAUGAGGUUGUUGCUGUUACUGGUGACGGCACAAAUGAUGCUCCUGCAUUGCAUGAAGCAGAUAUUGGACUUGCAAUGGGAAUUGCGGGGACUGAGGUGGCAAAAGAGAGUGCUGAUGUUAUAAUUCUGGAUGAUAACUUCUCUACAAUUGUAACUGUUGCCAAGUGGGGACGCUCUGUUUACAUCAAUAUCCAAAAGUUUGUGCAGUUUCAGCUGACUGUCAAUGUCGUGGCAUUACUAGUUAACUUCUCCUCAGCUUGCUUUACAGGAAAUGCACCACUGACAGCUGUUCAACUUCUUUGGGUCAACAUGAUCAUGGACACCCUUGGCGCUCUUGCACUAGCCACGGAACCACCUAAUGAUGACUUGAUGAAGAGAGAGCCAGUAGGAAGAACAGGGAAAUUCAUUACAAAUGUAAUGUGGAGGAACAUUUUGGGACAGUCUUUCUACCAAUUUCUUGUUAUGUGGUAUCUCCAGACGCAAGGAAAAAACUUUUUUGGGCUUGAAGGCUCUGAUGCUGAUAUUGUGCUAAAUACAAUAAUUUUCAACUCAUUCGUCUUCUGCCAGGUGUUCAAUGAGAUAAGCUCGAGGGAGAUGGAGAGGGUCAACGUGAUCAAGGGCAUCUUUAAGAACUAUGUCUUCAUGGCCGUCCUCACCAGCACGGUCAUCUUCCAGUUCAUCAUGGUGCAGUUCCUGGGUGAGUUCGCCAACACGACGCCGCUCACCAGGUUCCAUUGGCUCGCCAGUGUGCUCCUCGGCCUGGCUGGGAUGCCCAUCGCCGCCGCAGUCAAGCUGAUUCCCGUCGGCUCCUCAUGACCAUUGAAGAUCCUUAGCUGCAAUGCACGGAUAUAUCCAAACUGACCAAAUUGCAUAAUAUUCUGUGGAGCUGAGCUCUCUGUGCAUAAACUUUUGGAAUGCAUGGAGAGCAGGCUUGGAAAAGCUGCACUUUCACCGGUUUUGUAGCCUGCAAAUGUGGUUUAAUCGUGUCAUAUUGUAAGACGCAUUGUGUAUGAGGCUCAGGUGGUUAGUGUAGCAGAACUGUAAGAUUGAUGUCUGGGAUUUGCACUGUAUAUUGCUGUGGAUCAAUGAACAGAAACCUGGUCGUUUCGAUCUUUUGAUCAAUAAAUGCACUUAAAUCUC